AUGGAUUGUGAUGUAUUUAUAGCGCUAGCAGAUGAAAUACGGCCUUACCGUCAGCCUGGCAGAAGCCCAAGAGGACUUGAUGUGCUCUCAGUGGAAAAGCAACUCGCUUUGACUUUGUACUUUUUAAAAGACCAAGGUUCGCUUUCUAUGACAGCAAAUGCUUUUGGAAUCGCACGUUGUACAGUUUCUGUGAUUGUACGUAAAGUCUGUGAUGUCAUUGCCAGGGUUUUGGGACCAAAAUACAUAAAACUCCUGUCAACCGAGCAGCAAAUGAAAGAUAUUGUGAAAGGCAUGGAAGAUAAAUACGGAUUUCCACAAGCGUUUGGAUGUGUUGGUGGAACCCAUAUUGCAAUAAAUCAACCCACUGAAAAUCCUCACGACUACUUUAGCUAUAAACAAAAGUAUACAUUGAAUGUACAAGCAGUAUGUGACUGGAAAGGGUUGUUUAUUGACGUUGAAGUGAAAUGGCCAGGCAGUGUACAUGAUGGACGGAUUUUUGCAAAUUCCGGGUAAACAGACUGUUAAAAGAGGAAAAGAUACCUAUGCUGUUCAAGGAACUUCUUCCAGGGUAUGACAAGGUAUCUAUAACCUUGUUAGGGGAUCCGGCUUAUCCACUACUACCCUACUGUAUCAAAGAGUACCCCCAUGCACGCACAAAUAAAGAAGUUAUUUUUAACAAUAUGUUGAGAAGCGCAAGAAAUGCCAUCAAAUGUGCUUUUGGUAGGUGUAAGGCCAGAAGGCAAAUUUUGAACAAAAGAAUUGACAUGGGCCUGGUUUUCUCCCAUCCGUUGUUUAUGCCUGUUUUGUCCUGCACAACUUCUGUGAAAUGCAAAAUAUGA